AUGGUCCGCAACGAUGUCAACAUCAUGAAAGCAAAGCCGCGGAGUUCAACAUCGAAUGGAACUGUACACAAUGAGACCGACGACGCACAACCGAAGACUGAAUCGCCAGAAUCAUCCAGCCCAGCCAGCGUAUUAGCGGCAGUGACUCACGCAUCCAUCCCCAGUUGGACCAGUAUCGUGUUGAUGGUCUCGUUGAUCUUUGGUGGCUGUUGUACCAAUGUAUACGCGCUUGAAGCGAUUAUCAAGUAUGUGUCCGUCCAUCUUCUACGCACUAGAACUCCAAGCUUCAUAUCCCUUUCCGCCGGCCCCAAGUCAUUAUUCCUCGCGCCGCGCGCUAUCCCGCUAAGAUCAUGGAUCAUCUAUACCGCAUACUUCCUGUCCGUGAACCUCUUAAACAACUGGGCCUUCGCAUACAAAAUAUCGAUACCCCUGCAUAUCAUCCUACGAUCCGCCGGGCCUGUCGCCUCCAUGGUGAUCGGCUACAUCUACAAUGGGAGGAGAUACUCCCAAGGACAGAUACUGGCCGUCGCAAUGCUGACCGUAGGCGUUAUGGCAUCGGCCCUGGCCGACGCCCACGAGAAGGGCCAGUCCAUCAACCUCGUUAACAGUGGAAAUGAUUCCUCCCUCACCGAUUCGGUGAUCGGGUUCACAAUCCUCGCGCUGGCAAUGGCGCUGUCCGCGUUCCAGGGCAUCUACGCCGAUCGACUCUACGAGACUUACGGCCGGAAUAACUGGAAAGAGGCGCUCUUCUACUCGCACACGCUGUCUUUGCCGCUCUUCCUGCCGGCGUAUACGCAUAUUGUGUCGCACUGGAGGGGACUCUUCGCGUCUGCGUCGUUGCUCUCCGGAAUUGAAGGUAUUUCGGGGACGCUGAGCCAGGCGCUGGAUUCGACUGGCAUCCCAGCGGCAGAGUCUUCCGUCGCUUGGGUCGCCAACACCGUGUCGGAGAUUCUCACGAGUCUCACAAACUGGAAAGCUCUCUGCAGCGCGCUGGACCACAUCCCAAUGCAGGUGUUCUACCUCGUGAUGAACGCCUUGACGCAGUAUCUGUGUAUUCGUGGUGUUCAUCUGCUGGCUGCUAAAUCGUCCUCGCUGACCGUCACCAUUGUGCUGAAUAUUCGCAAGUUGGUCUCGCUGUUGAUCUCCAUCCACCUGUUUGGGAAUAAUCUCGCGCCUGGUGUCCUGCUGGGCGCGCUUUUUGUUUUCGGUGGGGGUGCGUUGUACGGGUUUGAGGGAGCCCGUUUGAGAAAGGCGAAGGUCAAGCGAACUUAG